AGAUCGCAUUUAUUAAAUUUAUGGCGGGAACUAAAAAAAGGUUAUUUUUAAUAUAUGUGUGAAUAAGUAAUCGUAUAAUAAUCCAAAAUAAUUAUAAUAAUGGCUAACGAUGAGAGAAUUAAAAAAAAAUUGCAAAACGCUUUCAAAUUGAGUGGAUUUAAUGUUCGUCGAGAAUUCUGUGACCUAAUAAUAAAAAAGUUUAAAGAAGAACGUAUGGAUUUAAGCGAUAAUUCGACAUUCGAUACAAUAAUAACAAACUUAUGUAACAGUUUGGAAAACCAAUGUCUCUUAGAAAAAAGUAUCGAAAUUGAAAAUAUUGAGAGAGCUAUAAAAGUUUGUCUUCACCAUGGAUAUGAUAACAACGAAUCUAUAUUUAAUGUAAUCGACGCUUUUGAUUUUCCUAAAUUUACAUAUAAUCCGGAUCGUAAACAAUACUAUAUAGAAAAUAAUAAAUCGACAAUACUACCAGAUGCAGAUGUCAAAUCAAAACUAUUUCUAGAAAGAUAUACGACAGUACUACAAAGGACCAAAAGAAAUUUUCAACAAAAAGGAGAAAAAGAUUUAAAAUUACAAACUGUUGAUUAUCUGCUAACAGUUUCAAGUAUUACUUUAGAUAGAACAUUAAUUCUAGGCGCAUUAUUUCAAAUUUCAGAAGGAAAAUGGAGCUUGGAGGAUCCAACUGGAAUUGUAGAACUCAACUUAACACAUGCUAAAUACCACGCCGGGUUUUUCAAUGAAAACUGUCUAGUUUUAGUGAAUGGUUAUUAUGAAGAUCCUAUUCUACAUGUAUCUUCAAUCGUAUUACCACCUGGUGAAGAUUAUAAAAGCUCAAGACCAACGUUUGGAAAUAUAAAUUAUUUUGGGGGUUCUUCGAUUGAGCCACUAAGAAAUUCUCUUAGAUUAAAAGAAUAUAUGUCUCAAAAUAAACAUAAAUUCAUGCUUUUCUUUUCAGAUGUAUGGUUGGACCACCCUCAGGUUUUUGAAAAACUAGAAUGUUUAUUCAAUGGUUUUCAAGAUUGUCCUCCAAUAGCUUUUAUUUUCAUGGGAAAUUUCAUGUCAAAUUCACACGGUAGUGAAAUGAUGGAUACAUUAAAAAAACUAUUCAAAAGAUUGGCUGAUCUUAUAACAAAUUUCCCUGGAGUUUCCAAUGAUAGCCAAUUCGUUUUCGUUCCGGGUAUGGCGGAUCCCUGCUUCACGCAUAUAGCACCAAGAUUCGCCCUUCCAAGCUACGUCACUGGUGAUAUGAAAAAAGUAUUACCAAAAGCAAUUUUCACAACGAACCCCUGUAGAAUACAGUACUGUACCAGAGAACUGACUUUAUUUAGAGCAGACCUUAUGCCCAAAUUCUUGCAAGGUACUUUACAUAAACCGUCCAAAGAUGAAAUACCAGAUUGUAUAAGACGUACAAUAAUCAGUCAGGGUCAUUUAAGUCCAUUUUCAUUAAAUUCAUUGACAGUUCAGUGGGAUUACGAUUAUUGCUUAAGAUUGUAUCCGUUACCCGAUGUAGUAGUUAUAGGGGAUAAAUGUGAAGCUUACGAAGGAAGUAAUAAAGACUGUCAUGUAAUAAAUCCAGGUCCUUUUUGUGAAAACGGUUUUCAAUUUUUGUCAUAUUUACCAUACACUAACACUAUAGAAGACUGCGCUUUAUAAUUUUAAUAAAAUUGAAUGUGAAAUUU